UUACCCAGAAGCCCAGAACAGUAAGUGCCUAUUUUGACAAAUGCAUGACCUCCUCCUGGAUAAAUAACUUUCAUCACUCAUCAUCCAGGCAGCUGGUUUGGAGAAAAUUGAGAAUAGCAAUUAAAAUAACUGGCUCGUGAGGGUUUCUUUUUCAUCUACUGGCAUUUCUACUUUACAUUGUUAUUUUUUUCACUUAUGAAUAGCACUUACUGAAUCACUACCAAGAUGCCUCUGUUGGCUUUCUUAUUAUGUCCCUCUUUUCCUGCUCUUGAACAGACUGGAUGAAUGAAAACACUGGUUCUGUUCACAUGGUUGCUGUGGCUCUUGGCUCUCCGAAGGGUCUCAGAGUCCAAAUUGCACGUCCCCCUUCUUUGCCCUCCUCUCCUUUCCUGACUUCUGCUGGGUUGGUUGGUUAAAUCAGUGAGCAUUAGUGGGCGUGAGCAUGUGUGUGUGCUGGGGCUCCUAGGGCGCAUGCGAACUGAGGCCCAAAGGGGAAAGCCUUCCACACAGAUCUAAGCCAGCUGCCCUGCUCUAAACACUCCAUUGCAAGAAGAGUAGAAGAAAGAAGCGACCUCCAUGCAUCCCCCCUACCAGUGUGCUCAAAGUACACUGGCAAAGCAGCUGCCAGCUCUACAAACGGCAGACAAGCGUCUAUAAAUUGUAGAUUUCGAUCUUGCAUAGGAGUCCGUAGAAGUGUUACUGCUUCAGAUCCUCAGGACUCAAAGGGCACUUGCUGCCCUGAGAGGGGGGCCUUUCAAGCAAGCUGACCUCUGAGGUUAAGUAGAAUCAGUUUGUGUGGAGGAGGGUAAGAGGGUACAGGCAGCAGUUAGCAGGAGGUGACAGGCCACGGUGAAGCUCCUGCACUUCUCAAGAAGGAGACGACGCAGUUGCCAGGAAGUGGGGAAAGAGGAGGAGAUGGCCACGGGAGGAAUCACAACACUUCCCGCUACACCUGAAGACGGCGGCAGCAGCGGCUUUCCUCCUGGGAACUUCAAGGACCCUAAAAGGCUGUACUGUAAAAAUGGUGGCUUCUUCUUGAGGAUAAAAUCUGAUGGAGGAGUGGAUGGAAUACGAGAGAAAAACGACCCCCACAUAAAGCUUCAACUCCAGGCGACCUCAGUGGGAGAAGUGGUCAUCAAAGGGAUUUGUGCAAACCGAUAUCUGGCAAUGAACAGAGAUGGACGACUGUUUGGAGCGAGAAGAGCAACAGAUGAGUGCUACUUCUUAGAGCGGCUCGAGAGCAACAACUACAACACCUACCGCUCCAGGAAGUACCCAAACAUGUACGUGGCGCUGAAGCGGACUGGCCAGUACAAGUCUGGAAGCAAAACUGGACCGGGUCAAAAGGCAAUUCUCUUUCUCCCAAUGUCUGCUAAAUGCUAAUCUGGGCUCAGAGUGAGAGAUACUGAUGUCUGAAUGAAAAGAUGUGACGGCAAUGAAGCAAGUGUUCCAUCAGCAUUGCCCAAAAUAGCUGUGAAGCUUUACUGUUAGAUCCUAACAGUUAUUAUUUUUAUCAUAAACAUGUCUGCAAUUAUUCAGCUUCACUUUAAAUUAGCACCAUAUAGUCAUACCUUUUAUUAUAUUAUAAUAUUAUUAUUACUAUUAUUAUUAACCAGAAUUUUACUGUAGACCAACCAACUGGAGCCAGCUGCCUAGUGCAUCUCAGUUAAACAGCAGUAAAACACAAUGGGUUUUUUUUUUUUUUUUAAUUAACAUAGCUCUCUCUAUAUUGGCUAAAGGAUUCAAAACAGCUAUCUGCUUAACCUAAUGAAAGUCUAAGCUGGAGUCUGGGUUUAAGUGCAGGGUGUUGGUAAUAUACUGCAUAUUUGAGUGUUUUCAUAAAUAAGAAAACACGUUUAAAUCCUACAAUACUCUAACUGUAUUCUGAAAAAUAUAAAAUUUGAAUUAAAAGAAGAAGAAACACUAAAA